UGAAUGCAGCAUCAUGGGAGGGUCUUGUGAGUAUCAGUUUGGUUUCUUCCUCGGCCGCUGAUUAGAGCUGCAACAAGGGAAGGGCAGCAGCGCAGGAAGAAACGACGGAGGUCCUUGGUCAUUUGAAAGCACACGCUGUAGGAGAUGGCAGCCAUCAGGAAGAAGUUGGUCAUAGUUGGGGAUGGUGCAUGUGGGAAGACCUGCCUGCUCAUUGUCUUCAGUAAAGACCAGUUCCCAGAAGUCUACGUCCCCACUGUAUUCGAGAACUACAUCGCUGACAUUGAAGUGGAUGGAAAACAGGUGGAGCUUGCGUUGUGGGAUACAGCAGGUCAAGAGGACUAUGACCGACUGAGGCCUCUCUCCUACCCCGACACAGAUGUCAUCCUGAUGUGUUUCUCCAUAGAUAGCCCUGACAGUUUAGAGAACAUUCCAGAGAAGUGGACGCCUGAAGUGAAACAUUUUUGUCCUAAUGUCCCAAUCAUUCUGGUGGGGAACAAGAAGGACUUAAGGAAUGAUGAACACACACGCAGGGAGCUGGCCAAGAUGAAACAGGAGCCGGUAAAGCCUGAGGAGGGCAGAGACAUGGCCAACCGCAUCAGUGCCUUUGGCUACCUGGAGUGCUCAGCCAAGACCAAGGACGGUGUGCGGGAGGUGUUUGAGAUGGCCACCAGAGCGGCGCUGCAGGUCCGCAAGCGCAAGAAGAGGGGCGGCUGCCUGCUGCUCUGAAGAGGAGGAGCCGGUCAGCUGCUGAGGGAGCACUCCCCCAAACACAGAGAAAACUUAGAGAAACGUUCAAAUCAAUGGCUUCCUGGGACUAUAUUUACAUCACAAACACAGAUAUGCCACAGGCAAAUAUGAAAGACUGACACACCUGUUUAAAAGCAAAACAAAUCAGCUUUUUUAUAUAUACUUGUUUCAACCCCUACUCACACUGUCUGGUUUUUCUUUUUGCUGUUUGUUUGUUUGUUUUUUCCUCACCAGCAUACCAGCCUGUUUGUGCGAGGGGCCAGCCCCCUUGUCCUGUGUAUGAAUGUAUUUGUAUUUAUAUGUGCAUAUACUUUACAUAUAUAUCAUUGUCAUCCUGUGUUAUGAUUGUUUACAGAGAAGGGCCUCCCAGCUCACACACCCACCAAAUGGCCAGCUCUCAGUCCACAGCCACAAAAAGGCAGACAAUUAUUCUCAUGAAGUGCUCUAUUAGAUUCGCUCUAAUAGACUCCAAAUUGAAAAUAUCCCAUGGAACCCCUGCUUCUCCCCAUACUGCAUGUCCCAUCCAUUCUCUCCUUUGUACAUCAGCUGCAGUUUUUAUCCUUGAGCUAUUUGCUAUACCACUAUUAAAUUUACACCCUGAAUGUCCUAUUUCACCGAGUGCUGAGUCAGCAGAGCUCCCUUUGUCUGUUCUCCCCAGCUGUCUCUGCUGACAGAGGACUGAAUCUAGGGCCCAUUCGCGCUGAAUUAAUUCAUCUGCUUAAACCUACAUGAACCAAAAUGGCAACUGCUAUUUGUGCGCAGAGGUUUUUGGAAUGUACCUUGCUCUGUCUCUGCUGUGGUGAGAGCAUAAACUGGCACUGGAGACACAGUGGUCUAUUGUCACAAACACAAUGGUCCCAGUUACGCUCACAUGGGCUGUGACACACCAGACCACACUGACGCCUUCCUGUUCACAGGCCCAUCCUCCUGUUUGUUUGAUUUCUGUGUGAUGGAUUCAGAUCUAGCACCCAGUCAUGAUGAAAUAUUACUGUGUGCUGCAUUUAUUGAGGGCGGUGCACGCAGAUCUCUGCAGGUUUCUGGGCUCAACACCUCUGGAUGUACACUGUAUCCUGCAACAUGAACAUUCAGAUGGAUAUUGACCCGUUCUGUAUAUACAAGUCUGGCUGCUUGACUGACAGCUUGAAAUUUGCCAUUAAUAAUGUGCCAACUCCUAACUUUGGAUCCCCAAAUUGAUAGCUGCUUUGGUUAUAUGAGAUGCGGGGCUUUGUUGGUUAUGUGUAAUAGUCCUUUUAUUUGACGUCACACCAGCCAGCGGAGCUUCUCUGUAUCAGAAAUAUGUAAAUGUAUUGACAUUCCUUGAAAAAUGAUUGUAAAAAUGAAGCCGAUAGGCAGUUUUCCACAAAAAAAAAAACUCAGUUUCAGUGACAAGAUAAACCCCUUGAGUUGAGCAUCUUAUUUUCGAGGGGGUCCUGCAAAGAACAGCCCUAAAACAUUGUUAAAUUUGUGUCACAGCACUGACCUGAGCACAUCCCUCAUCUCGCUACAGGCAGCUCACUGAUGCAGUAGUACUACCUGAGACGAUGUGGUUGAAGUCUGUUGUGCCUGCCCGCACAUCAGGAUUGAAGCAAAGAGAUGUAAUACAUGUUCAACAUCUAGCCUUGACCAGAAACAGUCUGUAACAUAUCCACAAUAGGUUGAGUGUGUGAGAUUGGCCUUACAUCAAGCUUGUCACAAUAGUACGCUGCAACAAUGUGAUCUUGUUCUUAUCUAGCUGACUGAUCAGAGGGUCACGGGUCUGGGCUAAUUCCUGGCUGGGGCUGCCUUGUCGAUAACUGAAAGGUCAGGGGAGUGGGGUGUGUGUCAAGUGUCUUGAUGAGAUGAACAUGUUAAUAAAGUAUUUUUGAAAUGCCAA